UGUCCCAGCCCGACUGCUGCUCCCAGGCUUGCAGCACCCUUGGCCUAAACCCUCUAAGUUUAUAGAGAAGCCAACGUUAAAUGCAAAGAGUUUAUUUGGGAGUCUAGCUCCAGGACCGCGAGUUCUUCGCAGGUGGGGCGGAGCUGAUGGCACGCCUGGCCUCCAACCGGUAGGGGGCCCUGUGACCUCUGUGUGGCAGGUCCGGAACUAGGAGUACGUAGCGCAAGCGCACUCAGGACUACUUCUGCGCCUCCACGUGUGGACCUUCCCGGCAACAUUUCCCAGGAAAAUGCCCAAAUUCAAGGCCGCCCGCGGGGCCGGGGGUCAGGAAAAACACGCGCCCCUUGCCGAGCAGAUUCUGGCUGGGGACGCGGUGCGGGCAGGGGUCCGGGAAAAGCGGCGGGGUCGUGGAACCAAAGAGGAGGAAGAAGAGUAUGUAGGGCCGCGGCUGACCCGGCGGAUUUUGCAGCAAGCGCGGCAGCAGCAGGAGGAGCUCGAGGCCGAGCAUGGGACUGGGGACAGGCCCGCGGCGCCACGGGAGCGCAUCACGCGGCUGGGUACAGGAGUGCCACAAGGUGGAUCAGAUGACGAAGAUGAAGAGUGGCCCACCCUGGAGAAGGCUGCCACAAUGACAGGGGCGGGCUGCCACGCAGAGGUGGUCGUGGACCCUGAGGAUGAACGUGCCGUUGAGAUGUUCAUGAAUAAAAACCCUCCUGCCAGACGCACCCUGGCUGACAUCAUCAUGGAGAAGCUGACUGAGAAGCAGACGGAAGUUGAGACGGUCAUGUCUGAGGUGACAGGCUUCCCUAUGCCACAGCUGGACCCCCGAGUCCUGGAAGUCUACAGAGGGGUCCGGGAGGUGUUGUCCAAGUACCGCAGUGGGAAGCUGCCCAAGGCUUUUAAGAUCAUCCCUGCCCUCUCCAACUGGGAGCAGAUCCUCUACGUCACAGAGCCCGAGGCCUGGACUGCUGCUGCCAUGUACCAAGCCACAAGGAUUUUCGCCUCUAACCUGAAGGAACGUAUGGCCCAGCGUUUCUACAACCUUGUCCUGCUCCCCCGGGUACGAGAUGACAUUGCAGAAUACAAACGACUCAAUUUCCACCUCUACAUGGCACUCAGGAAGGCCUUGUUCAAGCCCGGGGCCUGGUUUAAAGGGAUACUGAUCCCACUGUGUGAGUCGGGCACCUGUACCCUCCGGGAAGCCAUCAUUGUGGGUAGCAUCAUCACUAAAUGCUCCAUCCCUGUGCUGCACUCCAGCGCGGCCAUGCUGAAAAUUGCCGAGAUGGAAUACAGCGGAGCCAGCAGCAUCUUCCUGCGCCUGCUGCUAGACAAGAAGUACGCCCUUCCCUACCGGGUGCUGGACGCCCUGGUCUUCCACUUCCUGGGGUUCCGGGCGGAGCAGCGUCAGCUGCCCGUGCUCUGGCACCAGUGCCUCCUGACUUUGGUCCAGCGCUAUAAGGCAGACCUGUCCACAGAGCAGAAAGAGGCCCUCCUGGAACUGCUCCGGCUGCAGCCCCAUCCACAAGUGUCCCCCGAGAUCAGGCGUGAGCUUCAGAGCGCAGUACCCCGAGAUGUGGAAGAUGUUCCCAUCACCAUGGACUGAGGAAACAGCCACUCAUCCUGGUCUGAGGGGUGUGGGAGGACACCAGGAUCCCUGUUAAGGUGACACUGAGCCUUUAUAGCUGAAGACCCAAACCUGGGCAAUGAGAGUUCAUGGGCAUCUGUGACUCCUCGGUACCUGACAGGGAGGACUGAGGGUCUGGCUGGCUCCCCCUUCCCUUCUAGGCCAUUGUUCCUGCUCAGUUCUGGAACCUGUUUGAAAUUCCGUGCCCCAGCAUUCCCUCCCCCCUGCUGGGGCUUGGAGUAAGUACUUUCUUUCAGGCUAUUGUGUCAAGUCACUGGGAUGCAGAUAAAAAGGAGGGUAUUUAUUAA